UCUAGAAAAAGCACGGCGGGCUGCAAAGAAUGAAGAGGAAGAUGUGCAUCUAUCAGCAGAAGCUGGGGAUCUCAUUAUCCACUUCUAGCCAGCUGAGCAGCAGUGUGAGUUCUCAUGUGAGCUCCACAUUGGUGUGCCUCAGUUCUAAUUUAACCCAUAAAUCAUACACGUGUUUUGCAGGAAGACGAUGAAGAGGGAGAGGAGAAGGAAGGAAAGAAAGGAGAAAAGAAUAUUGAAGGCAAAUCGCCCAAAUUUCCAUCUCUGUCUCAAAUCAGGACAGACCCAGGUAGCUUGUGCCAAUGGGCUUUCCUCAUACCACUGGCUAAUCUCACUGGUGCCUUCACUGGCAUAGGCAUUUUUUCUUACAGAGUUUAAGCCACUUCUCCAGAAGUAUGUGCUGGGCAGCACACUUGGCAAAGGAGCCUAUGGUGAAGUCCGCCGUGCCAAAAGGAAAGCUGACAGCAUAGAUGUGAGUGAUCAGCCCCUGUUCUCAUUCGAACGUGUGCCAGGCUGACACUGCAUUCUUUACAAUGGUUAACCUGGCAGUUCCAUGAAUGCCUUCAGCCCAAAAUGUGUAUCUCCUAGCCAAGGUCUCACCACUGCUUUCUCUUCUCGUGUUCAGGUUGCUGUCAAGAUAAGUUUUCUCAAUGACACGGACAUGCUGGAGGAGGUGGGUCCUGGGAAUUUGAGGAACAGGGCUUCUGCCUGCCCAAGUCCUACACUUCUCUUUAUAGUUCAGUCAUUUUUUGUAUCCAUGUCAUCUCUGCUCUCCUCCAGCCCAGCCUGGUGCAUCUCUCACUUGCACGGUUUCUCAUUUGCCUUCUUCUAGCCCAAUCAGAAGGAAGAGCUGCCCGCGGAGGUGGUGCUACUAAAGCGUGUGUGUGCCUCGCCCGCCUGCCCCAGUAUCAUUCGGAUGUUGGACUAUGUCAUCACGCCCACAUAUGUAAUUAUCGUCCUCCAGCUGCUUAAGUCCUGCAUGAACCUCUGCCAGUUUCUGUACAAGAAGAAACGUGUUUUGGGGGAAGAAAAGGUGCGACAUGCCUUCCGUCAGAUCGUCGGGGCUUUCCUGCACUGCCAUACUCGGGGUGUCCUGCACAAUGACAUCAAACUGGAGAAUAUCUUGUACCAGCCUGGUACGGGUCGCAUUAAGCUGAUUGACUUUGGUUAUGGAGAUAUCCUUCAUGACCAUGAUUACACGUAUCCUCCAGGUGAGUUGACACUCAUUGCUUCAUUCCAGUUCCAGCUGUUUACCAGGCCUAUGUUGACCUAUUUUCUGUAUGCCCAGGUGCCCUUCAGUACCAGCCUCCUGAGUGGAUUGUAUACAGCCGCUACCAAGCUGAGCCAUGCACUGUCUGGGCUUUGGGGGUUGUGCUCUUCGAGCUGCUACAUGGCUUCCUGCCAUUUCAAGAGGAGCACCAGAUUGUCCUUUGUGAACUUGACUGCUUUAGUAGCAUUUCAGAAGGAAGCGAAGACCUGAUUCGGAAGUGUCUCUGCCCAGAACCAAGUGACCGACUCACUCUCAAUGGCAUCUGGAUGCACCCCUGGCUCAGAAGAAAGUCAAUUCAUUAUUCUAAUGUCUGACUGCCAUUCCAGCUGUGUGUGGCGUCAUGCUGGUCAUUUGGAGGUCUUUCUUUCUACACUGCAUGCCGCUUUCUAAUGGUAAUUCCCGCUGAACUGGCAUGAGGUGACAACUGACAUAACAGAUUAGACAAAUGCCCAUGCUGCUUAUGCUAAACAAUUCCAGCCUUUCUGCUCUGAUGUAUUUUGACACCAUAACUUGCUGUAUACUAGCCAUGAGUAAGUUAAGAAACGGAGCUGGAUGUGAAAUAAGAUGAGGAGAACUCGGAUCGUGUUAAGAUUUGUAACAUGUAAGAAUGUUAAAUUGAUUAUUAAUGCCACUCUGGAAGGCUGUAGGCAGAUCAGGUUAGGGUGCCGUUUUGUAAACACAGAGGGACAGAUUCUGUAGUACCAGACUCUGAAGUGGAUACCACCUUGAAUGAUGAAAUCCUGCAAAGGUACCACAACAUGUCAGAGUUGCAUCCUGGAAGCGGGAAAGACCAGGGUUGCAGUUUGCAGUACCAAACAGGUAAUUUGGGUGUGUGGUCUGUAAAUUACAUUCAUUUGAACUCCAAGUGAUAGACGCGUGUAUCUGAAAGGGAGCUUUUCAUAACUCAGUUUAUUCAACUCACUCCGCAAACUAUGGGAGUGAACGCGGCAAAAGUCUCACUCUGAAGGGUUUGUUCAGUGGGCUCAUUCUGCUCAAAUACUCAGAUCAAAGCUGAAACCCCCCUUUUUCUCUUGCAAUAGAUUCUUUUGAAUUUGAACAUCAGAUAAUUAUUCACCAACUGUCAUCUUGUGUCUUGAAUUCUCUGUUUAGACUAUCUUGAUAGAUUUUAUUUGUCUUUGUGUGACAGAGGGACUUGCUUGCCUCCAAGGUUCUUAGAGUAGAGGAAAUAGCAAUUUUUCAAAAUAAUCCUGUAUGAAAAAUGUCAAUUUGGCCUGGGAAUGAUGUUUCAUAGUGAGAUGCAGGGUAGCCAAAUCAGCCAAGAAAUCCCCAGAAAGAUGCCUAGAAGAACUUUAUCAGGAUGGGCUGUUCUGAAUCAAGUGGUGACUGAAUUUCUGUGGUAGUCUUGGACUUUUUCAAACACCACAUUCAAACACUUGGUGGCAAGCUGGCUUGAACAGGGGGAGCAACUCUUGGACCAACCUAAAAGACCCCGAACAGUGAAGAUGUAGUGAGAACAGGUUUGAGAGGAGUUCAGUUUCUCACCUGUAGCUGA